AUGCCUAUCGAGGGCCUUCUCGAAGUAUACCAGGGCCAUAUUGUCCCGAAGGCCUACAAUGGGGGCUACGUUGCCCUCAGCUAUCUCAUUAGCCUGGUAGGGGCUGCGUCGACUCUUGAAUUGAUCAAUCAGAGAUCAUGGUUUGACGGUAUCUCGAAUCAUCUAGUACUCGUGUGCUCUUCCAUUACUAUGGGUGGCAUAGCCAUCUGGUCUAUGCAUUUUAUCGGAAACCAGGCGCUCACACUUGCUCAUGGCGAACCAGAGAUGCAAGUCGACUACUCCGUUGGUGUGACGAUACUCUCCUUCUGCCUGCCGGUUGUAUUUCUCCUCGCCGCCUUUUACGCAAUCGGCAUAUCGAAUCGAGUCGCUUGGUGGAGGGUGAUAACAGCUGGUGUUCUCUGCGGCGCUGCUAUCUGUGGGAUGCAUUACCUAGGAAAUGCGUCAAUCCGAAACUAUCAGUGCAUUUACAAAAUACAAUACAUCGUGGGGGCUGCUAUCAUUUCGGUUACAGCCAGCACAGCAGCGUUGGCUGUAUUCUUCAUCUUUCAAUCCCUUUCUCGCGGUAGUUGGUGGAUAAGGACAAUAUCUGCUAUUUUCCUAGCCGCGGCUGUGUCCAGUAUGCACUGGUGUGCUUCUGUUGGCACAGAAUAUCGGUUAGUUCGAUUGAGGAGGAUACAGGAAGGAUCGCGUACUGCAACAGUGAUUGCAGUUAUUUGCUUGUCUUUCGGUGCGUGUAUCAUUAUCGCGGGAUCAGCUAUUCUUCGAGCCCGAACUCUGAAGCAAGCUGCUCGUCGUGCUCAGCAGAUCGAACUUGGCGCCAUUGUUUUCGAUAAGAAUGGACGCCUUCUAAUCGAUUCAAGCGGAGGAUUUCCUUGUACUGUUGUUACUGAUUUCUUCAUUGGAGGUGCAAGAGGAAAUCUUUUUGUUCAGAGCUCGAAGGAAAAGUUCAAUACAUCUAAUGAACAAUUUCAAUGGAUGUUCCAAGCGUCAAGGAACUGGAUCGGUAUCUCAGGAUUGAUUAAUGGCAUGAAACGACACCUGACACAACUACCACAUAAGAGCCAUCACAAGGAUGUCAAGAAAGGCAUCCAGCUUAUAACCGACGACGGAAAACCCAUCGACGGAUACGACUUUGUUUUUCGCGAGCUAUUCUGCGUCGCCGCUUCUGAACUCUCGGAACGCCUCAAUGAACCACUUAUCAACGUUGGCGUUCUAUGGGACGAGAUCCUUCCCAAAAGAACGGCGUCGAACCAAGCUUAUAUCCAAGCCCUUGAGAAGUACCGGAACGACCAGUCCAUCGAUGUUGAUGAGAUGAGCAGCAAAGGCUCGGCUGAUACCCAUCACCUGGAGAAGGGACUAGGUCUUGAGAAUGAGAUUGACGGAAGAGGUGCGCUCAUGUUCCUUGUCCGUCGACUUAACUCGGAUGACGAGGCUCAAAAGCUUGUGUCCGCUGGAUACAAAUUCGUCGAGUCUUCCCGGGUCAACAACAACCAGGAGAUCCAGUCCGUUGAGUUUCAAUCAAAGCUCCGGGACAUGCGAAGCUUCAUCGAACAGCAAGUCCAAAUAAAGGCUGGUCUGCAUUUGGGUUUCUUCGCAGUUCAGGAUUCCUGUCUCAGUAAACCCCAAGUUCUUGUCCGAAAGGACGCUCGACGCCUGCUUCCUUCAGUGCCGCUGCCUAUUAAAGAACUAGACACGUGUCAUCUUAGACUCUUGCAAAGGGUCGGCGGAUUACCGGUGACCGAGGUUCUUCAGAGGUUGAGGACGCCAGGCGCCUCAUCAAGAUCUCCUCACGAAGAGGAGUUCGCCACGCAUCUAUUCAAUGCAAUUCACACUCUUCGAGGCUGGGUCCAAGAACCUCUGUUUCACGAUGCUGUAUUGACCCCGUCCAUUGUCCGCCUUCCUUUCGGCGUCGACGGCGAUCAGGCAAACGAAACCGUCAUGAUGGCACUGCGUCUUAAGAUUACUCAUCCUGUGCUCUCUUCUGGCCCCCACUGUCAAUGGGUACCACUCAGCUUCUUCAGGAUGCGACAAGUGAUGGAACAGUCGCGACAAGACUUCAUUCGCGUUCUGCACCAGGACUUUGAUCCCUUGAAGAUGCCCGCCAGUCGGGCUAACAAUGAGCUCACUUCGGGGCCAGCUUCAACACUUCGCAGACUUAGAGGUGUCGUUGCGUCGGCAGAGUCAAAGGGUAAGAAGUCUAGCCUUGCAACUAUGAGACGAGCAUCCUCAAAAAACUCUACCCGUUCGUCCUCGACCGUUAAUCUCUGUCCACCAGGAGACGGUGAGGGUAACGAGAUUUCUCCGCCGGCAGAAUCAGGGGACAUAUACCCUCCUCCCGAGCGUCACUACACAGCACAUCAACAAUCAUUUUUAGGCGGCGGCAUCGUAGUGUUCCAAGAAGUCACUGUCCAGGUCGAAGCCAAUAACGCGGAGACUCGCGAUGAUCUGUCACGCUCGUGGAGUCAGGACACAGCCGCCGAGCCUCCCAAUUUCCAGGAUCUACAAGAUCUACAGAAUCAACUGUCAUUUCCAACGACAUCUGAUAUCGAGUUACAACCAUUUGGUUGGGGGAGAACGGAUGUAUCCGUCAAAUCGCAUCGGCUGAACGAACUCAGCCGAGCAGAUCAUAACAUAACAACAACUGCUGCUCUCAUAGAUACCCUAAUGAUGGAGUCAACCAGUUCUGGUGUCUAG